AUGGGGACUACAGAGUGGAAAUCCUCUGCAUGCUGGCUCAAAGAACCGCAGUUUGUGGAGUUUAAUGGGGGAUUUAGCCAAGACCAGCUGGACUGGUUCAAUGAAGUCCUUAAGAUCUCUGAUGAAAACCAAGAAAAAGUUGUAGUUAUGGGUCAUCUUCCCAUUCAUCCAGACUCUUCAGAUAGAGUUUGCCUAGCCUGGAAUUAUGAAGAUGCCCUUUCUGUCAUACACGCUCAUCAGUGCGUGGUGUGCUACCUUGCAGGGCACCUGCACGACGGUGGCUAUUGCUUAGACUCCCAUGGAGUUCAUCAUCUAACUUUGGAGGGGGUUAUUGAAACUCCACCAGAAAGCAAUGCCUUUGGAACUAUUUAUGUCUAUGAUGAUAAAAUGGUAUUAAAGGGAAGGGGCAGAAUUUCAGACAGAGUAAUGUAUUACUGAAAAUGGUAAGUUUA